AUGAGUGCAUUGACAGGAUACCAAGAAAUAACAUUUGUGGCGGAGGUUGCGGUUGCGGUGGGUGUGGCUCGUGUGGCGCUUGCUGCUCGGGCCCUUGCUGCGGACCCUGGAAGCCUUGUGUUGUUACGACCACCACGGCAUAUUAUGGGCCCUGCUAAUUUCCACCCAUGUAAGUAUGGUGCCGCAAGCCUUCCUGCUGCCAUUCCUGCUGUUCUUGUUGUUGUUCCGGACCGUGCUGUGGACCCUGGAAACCAAGAGUCGUCACAACAACUACUGCGUUCUACGGACCGUGUUAAUAUUUACUGA